CUUGUGAAUAUAACAUAAUAUAAAUUAAUGUCUUGUAAUCACAGAUAAAAACACAGUUUAUCAUAAAGAUACUUCCUUGUUGAAGCUGUCACUACUUUUAUAAGCCUUUUUAAAAUAGACAAAAAAUUAAUGACAGACACAUUUUAGAAAAAUCGGACUGAUCUAAAGAAAUGGGAGUGGUGUGUGCAUUUACAUAGUAAUUAAUGUUCUGUGAUGAGCUGUUACACACAUGUUCCAGAUCAAUACGGUAAAAAUAUUUGUAAUAAAGCUUUUCUGAAUGAAUCCUGAGAUCCAAGGCUGUCAGGAUAGCUGAUGAUUACUUGAAUUGCAGUGAUGAAGACAUACCUUGUUCUUAUACACAAACAUUAGCAAUUUUACGAAACCGGACAAGAGGAGAAUAUAUAAUGUUAAGUAUAUUAAAGUAUCUGAAAUCAGCAAAGAAUUUCUUUUCACUCAGAGCAGAGGUAGAGAAGCCUCACAGGCAGUCGAUCAGCGAGCAGUUAGCCGGUGCCCUGUCUCCCCCUGGUGAAGCUCUCAGGCACCACUUUCAACUUCUUUCCUAUUUUAGUCUGAGAGCUGUGUGGAAUGUGCAAACCCUACCAGAGAGCCCACACCAACACACUCAAGUCUCUCACGCGAACCUGUCGCUCUUCUUUCCUCCUCAGACUUCAACCGGCUGCUGUUCAAUCGGUGACUCUGCAGCAGGAUGUCUUCAACUCCAGAGCCACCCCUCCUAUUCUCUACAUUGCCCUUGUUCCCUUCAUCCACUCCACUAGUCUCGACUGUGGAACCCAACGGCACCUCUUGCCAUGAGUGGGAGCAGACCCACCACCUGCUCUUCCAUCUGGGGUACUUGUCUCUGCUGCUGGGCCUGAUCAUCCCUACCACCCUGGGUCUGCACAUGAUUCUGCUGCGCCUCCUCCUGAUGACAGGAUGCGGUCUCUUCAUUGCCUGGGCAACUCUGUACAGGUGCAACAUGGAUGUGAUGGUUUGGAACGUGGUAUUUCUUGUGGUAAACUUCAUGCACUUGUUCUUCCUUCUGUACAAGCGUAGACCGAUUAAGAUCGACAGAGAGCUGCGGUCAGUCUACAAGCGGAUGUUUGAGCCUCUCCACGUGCAGGAGGCUUUAUUUCAGAGGCUCACUGGACAGUUCUGCACCAUUCAGACCCUGAAGAAAGGUCAGGCGUAUGCUGCUGAGGACAAGACCUCUGUGGACGAACGACUCAGCAUUCUCCUGAAAGGAAAGAUGAAGGUGUCAUACCGGGGCCAUUUCCUUCACAACAUCUAUACCAAUUCAUUCAUCGACUCGCCAGAAUUCAGGUCAACUGAGAUGCACAAAGGAGAGAAGUUUCAGGUGACCAUCAUGGCAGAAGAGAACUGCAAAUUCCUGUGUUGGUCUCGAGAGAGGCUCACCUACUUCCUGGAAUCAGACACUUUUUUAAAUGAAGUGUUCAGAUAUCUCAUCGGCAAAGACAUCACCAACAAACUGUACUCUCUGAAUGAUCCAACACUCAGUGACAAGGCAGUGAAGAAGAUGGACCGUCAGCCCAGCCUGUGCUCUCAGCUGUCUAUGAUGCAGAUGAGAAACAGCAUGGCGAGCACCAGUGACACUGAUGACGUACUUAACCAGAUCCUACGUGGAGGAUCGGCUGGGUCAUGUCAAAUAUCACCUGGCACCAAGUCUUCCUCAAAAAUGAAGAGUAUAGAAGAAGGCAUGGAAGAUGACGUUUUUGAGGAAUCUGCACAUUGUCACCAUAUGCCCAACACUUUGACUGAUGAGGUGUAGCUGGCAAGGGAAGAAUACACAAGAUCCAUGUUCAUUAAAUAACCUAAGAGAUCAUGAUCAAUAAAUUGCAUGCUCAUUAUUUAGGCAUUGCCAGAUAUGUUGUGGUUAUUUCUAAACUGUUAAAAUUGAAUAGUUUAUCCACCAGAGAGCUUGACAAGUUUUUUUUUUCUCACCUUAAAAUAUAACUAUAUGUCUUGCCGACAGUUCUUUGAAUGCAGCUCCAGCAAAAUGUUUGCUUUUAUGUAAAAGAAGAAAAGCAGCAAUAAAAAAAAAAACUCCAGUGUUGGUCACAGCACUGUCAUAAUAUUUUAUGUCUUCAAUUGUAUGAUAGAAUCUUUGUAGUGACAAUUUCUUAUGGAGAGAUUUAUUUAACACUGUAUUCUUUAGAAAAUGAAACAUAAACUAGUGUACUUGUGUGUAUAAUAAGGAUUUGGAGAAAGAUGCCUUAUCCAAAUACUAUUUGCUGUUUGAAAUGUUAAGCUUGAGGCUCAGUUGUCAUUGUGAUUUUACUGUUGUACCACAAUAAAUGUCUGUGAUCUGUCGUCUCA